GAUCUCAUAAUUAUGCUUAGAGAUGCUUAGUCAUAAUUAUGAGAUACAGAUUUUUAUUUUCUUCAUCACAGUGGCGGAAAUGGGCUUCCAUACCAAGGGGUGUUAGGGUCCGUCAAAUGUAGGAAACGAAACUUAAGAGUGGAACUGUUGUUUCAGUGCAGCUGUGACGGACUCAUAGACUGUGUGGGGAGAGACUGAGACGGUGAAGAACUAACUUCAGCAACAUUCGGUUUCUAUUCCAGGGACAAGAAGGAUCCUAAGGACAUCGUCCAACUCUAAAGAUACUCAAGGAGAAUCCGGACUUUUUGAAACAUGUCUGGCAAUCAGCCAAAGGACACGCAGCAUGUUAUCCUCUGCGACAUGUGCACAGAGGAGGACAGGAAACCAGCCAGAAAGACCUGCAUGAAAUGUGAGAUCUCCAUGUGUGGACAGCACCUGCAGGUCCACCUGACCACGCCGGUGUUACUCCAAACUCAUCCCCUGACCGAACCCAUGGCUCUGUGUAGCACCACCAAAUGCCCCCAGCAUGGCAAACUCCUGGAGUACUACUGCUUGGAUGAUAUGACCUGUGUGUGUGUUUCCUGCGCCAUUGAAGACCAGCACCGCCUUCACAAUAUGAAAACCUUCUCCACAGCCCACAAAGAGCUCAUGGAGAAGCUCCCAGGUGAGCAGAAGGCCCUGGGGGUGAAAACUGAUGAUGAGAAUGGGAGUCUGGAAAAGUGGGAAAAUAGAGAAAGAGAGAUGCUGAGUAACUCGAGCCUGCGUCUAAUUGAGGCUGUGACUAAGAUGCGUGAUAUGUCCCUGACCAGCGUCCGAACUUCAGUUUCUGCCCGGAUGGGGGCCUUAAGAACAUGCAAGAGCAGCCUGCAGGUGGCGCAGAGCGAGAAGGACACCUUCAGAUUCCUGCAGAUGUAUUCACAGGUGCAUCAGGAUGUGGAGGAGGCCAAGGCCGUGGACCUGAGGAAAGGGUUGCUGCCCGGCAGCGACCGUGACAAACUCGUCCAAGCGAUUCAACAGGAUGGGGAAGACAUGAUGGAGCAGGCAGAACACUUCUGGGGAUCCUUGUUUACUCUAAUUGAUCCGGACCAGGAUCUCCUCAGCCCUGCUCCAGACCUGAUGUUUGAGCCUCAGGUUCUCGGCUCCGGCAUUUCACUGUCCAAAGACAACCGGAGGGUUUUCUACAAUGAUUGGAGCGGGGAAUGCACUGCCAGUCUUUUAAUCGUCAGUACCCAACCAGGUAGAAACCUUCAGAGGUGGCAGGUCUGUCUUUCCAAAGACUUUGCUUGGACCAUCGGUUUGUGUGACAAACAAUACGGAAAGGAUUUGAAGAAGGGGCCCAUCUUUGGUCUUUGCUGCAAAAAUCACCAACUCAGCUCUGUCUCUGCAUACAGCGGUUCCUCUGCACUGAUCACACCUGAGGCUGGGCCGGGACCUGAAAAGGAGGAACUGGAUCUCACAGGUCCUGGUCGCUGGGGCUCAUACUGGUCGCCACCACCGGGGCUCAGCUGGGACUGGGACCGGGACUGGGACAUCUCACAGCGAGAGAGCCUCGUCGGCCGCCAUCACACACACUGUAAACCACGGACACAC